UGCUGGUAGCUGCUAGCAGCACAGCUCGGCGUUCGGUCACAGUGUUCCAUAAUCGUGCGCGUGUUCGCGCGUUGUCAUCACCGCUAAAAAAAAAACAAGGAGGGAACACAGAACUGGACGGAAUACGCACACGCCGAUGCUGCAAGUAAAUCCAAGAUCUGAUUAAUAAUAUCCAAUAAGAUUUGAAAAUAGAAACUAAAGACAAUGGAAGGAGAAUCGGAAAACAAUUCUCUCAAUAAAGAUUCCAAACCAAUUACUUGGCCGUACAUGAACGUCAGCUCGCUAACUAUAUCGUUUCUGACUAAACUGGCGGCGGCUGGUAUCAUCUGGGGAUGGGGAUACUUCAACUAUAGCAUAGCCUGGUUGAUUGCGCCAAUCGCGUUUUCCGUAUGGAAAGCAGAACGGAAAAGAGACAACGAAUUAAGAACAAUUACAGCACAAGCCAGUGUGCUGGUUAAAGAAAAGGAAUUGAUCGUCAGUCGAAUGAAUGAAUUACCCUCAUGGGUGUAUUUUCCGGACUUUGAUAGAGCCGAAUGGCUAAACAGAAUCUUAUAUAAGGUAUGGCCAAGUAUGAAUCAGUUUGUCCGUCAGCUAUGUAAGCAAAGUAUAGAACCGUCGAUUGUUGAAAAACUGACUGAAUAUAAAAUCAAAGGUUUUCAAUUUGACCGUCUAGUCUUGGGUCGCAUUCCACCAAAAAUUUAUGGGAUCAAAGUAUAUGAUAAAAAUACCUCAAGAAAUGAGAUCAUCUUAGAUGCAGAUAUUAUGUAUGCUGGUGACUGUGAUAUUACCUUUUUCGUUGGAAAUAUCAAAGGUGGUAUUAAAGAUUUUCAAAUACAUGGUUUAGUCCGCGUUGUUAUGAAACCUAUGCUGCCCAUGAUGCCGUUAAUCGGAGGUGUACAGAUAUUUUACUUGAAUGUUCCUACUAUUAACUUCAAUUUAGUAGGAGUGGCUGAUGUACUAGAUCUACCUGGAUUCAAUGAAAUUUUAAGAAAGACAAUCAUUGAACAGAUAUCAGCCAUAGUUGUAUUGCCAAACAAAAUAAUUAUACCUUUAAGCGAAGAAAUACCUAUGGAGUCUCUAAAAAUACCUGAACCCGAAGGUGUUCUAAGAAUUCAUGUUGUAGAAGCAAAGCAUCUGAUGAAAAAAGAUAUUGGAAUGCUAGGUAAAGGCAAAUCUGAUCCGUAUGCCGUUAUAAAUGUUGGUGCCCAGGAAUUCAGAACGAAAAUAAUUGACAAUACUGUUAAUCCAAAAUGGGACUACUGGUGUGAGGCUAUAAUCAGUUCAUGCAAUAUGCAAGAAGCUGUGGUAUCUCUUUGGGAUUGGGAUCCUAAUGUCCCAGGGGUACAAUAUGAUGAUUUCCUUGGCAGGGCCACUAUCGAAGUUAAUCGAGUAAAGAAAAAGGGCAUGAUCGAUACGUGGGUCUCUUUGGAGCAAGCAAAGCACGGCAUGGUUCAUUUGCGAUUAACGUGGCUACAAUUUUCAAAAGAACCUGCCGAUUUAAGAGCUGCUUUAGUGGAAACUCAGGAACUUAGAGUCACAUCAAUGAGUACAGCCCUUCUCACACUUUAUAUUGAUUCUGCUAAAAAUUUACCGUGUAUUCGAGGAAAUAAACAACCCGACGUUUACUUAGAAGCAAGUGUCGGUGGAAAAACUGAAAGAACAGCCACUGUACCACGUUCUUGCGAUCCUGUAUGGGAACGAGGGUUCACCUUUUUAAUUAGCAACCCUGAAACUGGAGUUUUACACAUAAAGAUUAUAGACGAGAAAACUGCCAUGACAGUUGGGGAAAUGAGCUAUAAUCUUUCUCUACUUUUGGAGAAAAGUAAUCUUGAGGUGAUGCAACAGCCGUAUGAUUUGCAAAAGGCCGAAGUGGACAGCAAGCUUGUAUUAUCAAUGACAUUAAAUAUCUUGAAAUAUGAGCAGCCUGAACCUACUUCCGAGGAAGACGAAGAUAAUCAUGACAUCAAUGAAUUGAAUAGACGAAUCGAACAUCAGGAAUCCAUCACUAGUAAUGUACUCUCUUCUAGUGUACCAUCGAGCCCUCUUAAAAAACAGCCUUCUAAAGAAUCGGUCAACAGUCAACCUCGUAGUACUGGAUCCGCCGCGGCACUCUUGCCUGAGGAACCAAUAGCGGUGGAAGAAGAAUUAAUACUUAGCACCAGCGCUCCGUCCUCUUUUACCGGAAGUCCUCAGCUUAUCCAUAGAAAUCCGAGUAUCACGUCUUCUUCGGGCGAAUCGAAAUUAGGAAGAAUACAAUUGACUAUACGAUACAGUACGCAGAGACAGAAACUCAGUAUUUUCGUACACAGAGUUGCUAAUCUGCCGCUUCCCCAAAAUGAUCCGCACAAUAUACCGGAUCCGUAUGUAAAACUAUAUAUUUUGCCGGACAAACAUAAGGAAACAAAGCGCAAAACUGCUGUGAUCAAGGAUAACUGUAAUCCCCAAUUUGACGAGCAAUUCGAAUAUGUAGUCUCGCAAGGAGACUUAAACACACGUAUAUUAGAAGUGUCUGUAUGCACACAAAAGGGUUGGCUCUCUACCGGAAGUAACGUGAUGGGACAGGUUCACUUGAAAUUGAGUGAAAUCAACAUUUCGAAGACGGUAACCAGCUGGUACGACUUACAACCGGAAAUCAAAGACUAGAAAACAAGGAAAAGUAAGUGGGGAUUCGAGCGUUUGUGCGUCUGUUUGACGAAACAACCGCUUAAAUUCCCACUUAAUAAUUUUUACAAACGAUGAAAGUCUCUAAUGUUACAAUUACCUCUAUAUUUCGUUGAUCAUUGUUAAAUUGAUAAUUUAUUAAGGUAAGUUAAUACGUGGUGCUAUGCGAGAUGCAAGACGUUUUGCGAAAAACAAUAAAAGAUAUUUAAAGAGAUUCGUACUUACGCCUAAUGGCAUGAAAUGAUCUGAUAUAUAAUUUUGCCGCAACUAUAAAGCAGGGACGGAUUGGCUUGGUAGUUGAUUUAGUAAUUUCAAAUUUCUGAUAUAUAUUCUAUUAUAAAAUAUUUUAAUACGAUAUACACAUGCGCGAAAAGAUCGGAUUUCAGUAAAGGUUUCAUGUGUCGUUGUUAUCUUGUUUUUCAAAAUGUGCCUAAAAUAGUUAAACGCUGGCCGUUUAAUUGAAGAAUCCAUUUGGUACACAAUGCGUAUUACAUUUGUAAAUCUCAGUGAUGAAUGAGAUAUUUUACAAGAAUACAAGCUAUUAAAUAUACGCGCAUAAAGGAAUUGAAAAUUUCUCAUUCCAAUGCUGAUCCGCACUUGAUAGAGUAAUAUAUUUUGUAUUUUAUGUUGUAUGAUGAUUUAUGUUUGUAUGAUGAUUAAGUUGCGGCACAAAAUGUGCACAACUAUGUGCAGACACUAUUACUGAAUGAUCUGAAUAAUAUAACACACAUAUAUGAUACGUGAUUAAUUUAUAUGCUUAUGAAAAUUAGUUACGUAAGUUAACGUUUUUCGAUAUUGUAAUUCCAUGUUUUUUUCUUUACUAUGUCCCAAUAUUGUUUGGUUACUAAUAAAGUUGAAUAAUGCAUUUACCAAUUGCAUAAGCAAUUAAAUGGAUAAAUUAUACUAAUAUUUAAAUAAUUCAUAUUUUAUAAGACACAUUGGUAUACAUCAGUAUAAUUUU